AUGGCGGCGCUGUGGGACUUCGGCAUGCGGGACCCGAAGAAGGCGAGCGGCGACAGCGCCGAGGAGGAGGAGGACGAUGAAGAAGGAGAAGAUGGAGAUGCCGAAGAGUUCACGCUGGACGAGGUGCUGCGCCUCGGCGGCACCAAGCAAGACUACCUGAUGCUGUGCGCCGUGGACGAGGCGGACGAGAUGGUGGACGGCGGCAAGAAGGACGCGAUCGACGACCUGAAGGAAGGGGAGCUGGAGGCGUUCGUCAGCUCCCUGGGGCUCGGCAAGUAUGCGGAAAGUUGCCUGGUGGUGGAGGGAGAGGAGGAGGAGGACGGCGGCAGUGAGGAGAAAGAGAAGCCCCCAAAGAAAGAGAAAAGCAAGAAAGAAACUAACCCUCCUUCGUUAGAAAGGAAGAAAGAAAAAAACGUCAAGGAGAAGACAAGCGGUGUGAAAGACAGCAAGAAGAAGCAAGCUGGCAGUGAUCAGGUCCAGCACCUUUCAGCAAAGAAAGAGAGGCUGGAAGAAGAUUUUGAGUUUCAUGCUAGGCAAGUGAUACUGAUCAAACCAGGGGGCAAAUGGUAUGAUCUAGAAUACACCAAUGAAUUCUCUUCAGAGCCACAAAAUCAGACGCUUCUGUCCAAGUAUAAGGCCUUGGCCCAAAAGCUGUACCACCAUGAGACAGAGCUGUAUAAGAAUAAGACAGAUUAUCAGAAGGGGGCCUCUUCGGCGUGGAUGAAAACUGUUGUGUCGUCAGGUACCUUGGCUGACAGGAUGGCAGCGAUGACACUUCUCAUUCAGGACAGUGCUGUCCACAGUGUCCAGUUUGUUGAGAACUUGGUAAACCUCAUAAAGAAAAAGGGCAGCAGGCAUCAGAGCCUCAUGGCUUUGGAUACCUUCAAGGAGCUUCUCAUUUCGGAUCUCUUGCCAGACAAUCGAAAAUUAUGGUCUUUCUCGCAGCGACCAUUUAACAACAUAGAGAAGAUGUCGAGUGGCAACAGGGAUUCAAGAGACAGGCGGUUGAUACUGUGGUACUUUGAGCAUCACCUGAAACUGCAGGUGGCAGAGUUUGUGCAAGCGUUAGAAACACUGAGUCAUGAUUCUCUGACAGCAACCAAAUCCCGAGCGCUGGCAGUUGCCCAUGAGCUUCUCUGUAACAAGCCUGAGCAGGAGAAAGUUCUGCUUGUUCAGCUGGUAAAUAAACUAGGAGACCCUCAGAACAAAAUCGCCACCAAAGCCUCUUAUCUUUUAGAGAUGUUACUUCACAAGCAUCCAAAUAUGAAGGGAGUAGUGUGCAGCGAGGUGGAGAGGCUUUUGUACCGGUCAAACAUCAAUGUGAAAACUCAGUAUUACGCCAUUUGCUUUCUAAACCAGAUAGUCCUCAGUCAUGAAGAAAGUGCAUUGGCUAACAAGCUGAUAACUUUGUACUUUUGCUUUUUUCGGAACUGCAUCAAGAAAAAAGACGUUGAAUCCAAAAUGCUCAGUGCUCUUCUUUGCGGGGUAAACAGAGCUUACCCUUAUGCUGAGACUGGUGAUGAGAAAGUGAAAGAACAAAUGGACACGUUGUUUAAAGUUCUGCAUGUUGUGAACUUCGGUACCAGUGUCCAGGCCCUGAUGUUACUGUUUCAAGUGAUGGACUCUCAGCAGACUGUAUCGGAUAGGUACUACGCAGCACUGUACAAGAAGCUUCUAGAUCCUGCUUUAGCAACCUGCUCAAAGCCAUCCAUGUUUCUUAAUCUUGUCUAUAAAUCUCUGAAGGCAGAUGUAGUGUUACGGCGUGUGAAGGCCUUUGUGAAGAGGUUACUUCAAGUCACUUGUGGACAAAUGCCACCCUUCAUUUGUGGAACCCUGUACCUUCUGUCUGAGCUUCUGAGAGUAAAACCAGAGUUAAGGGUCCAGUUACAGGAUCAUGUGGAGUCAGAUGAUGAAGAGUGCUUUAAGGAUCAAGAAGAGGCUGAAGAAGAAUUUGUGGAUGCAGACAAAGAAGUAGAAGGUGAAGAGAGGAGCACAACGGAAAAUUCUGCUAAAACAAACGAUUCAAAUUCAACAGCCUCGUGGGUGCAUCAUCUGAAUAUGGGAGGCAGGAAGAGUGGAGCUUCGUAUGAUCCUAUGCACCGAAGUCCUUUAUACUGUGGUGCUGAAAGUACAAGCCUUUGGGAACUGAAGAAGCUUUCUGAACAUUUUCAUCCAUCUGUGGCCCUAUUCGCAAAAACAAUUCUAGAAGGAAAUCACAUUCAGUACUCCGGUGACCCUUUGCAGGAUUUCACAUUAAUGAGGUUCUUGGAUCGCUUUGUGUACAGAAAUCCCAAACUCCAUAAAGGCAAAGAAAACACCAGCAGUGUGGUAAUGCAGCCGAAGAAGAAGCAGUUUAUGAAAGAUACGCAGAAUCUUGCAGUCAACAGUAAGGAAUUCCGUGCCAAAGAUGAAAGCAAAAUCCCAGUGGAUGAAGUGUUUUUUCACAGAUUUUAUUCAAAGUUCGAUAAGAGGAGAGAGAAACAAAAGCGUCAGGAUGAUGAAGAAAGUGUGGAAGAUGUAGAUGAUGAUGAAUUUGAAAGAGCAUUGGAUACAUUUGAAGCAGCUGAUAAUGCCAUUGAUGUUGGCCAGGAUGACCUUGAUUUUGCUGGUAACAUAAAAAAGAAAACCAAAGGUGGUAAGAAAGGCCAAAGAAGCGAGGAAUCCAAUGCUGACUGGGAGGAUUCUGAUGAUGAAGAUGAAUUCAGUGAUCUGGAUGAUGAGGAAGUCUCCUUAGGAAGUAUGGAGGAAGACUUUGGAGAGGAUAUGGAUGAAGAGGGAGGUGUAUUUAUGGAUGUGUCUGAUGAUGAUAACAGUCUAGAGCCGAACAAUGACAAGCAAUUGAAGUCUGUCAGUAAAAAGGGCAAGAGAAAGAAAGAUAUGAAUUUUGUGGGAUCACUUGAAGGAUCCAAUCGAGGAAAGAAAAGAAAACUCAAAGAUGCCAGCAUACUGGCAUCUGCAGAAGAGUUUGGCUCUCUGCUGGAUGAAAAUGCUGGGUCUAAGUUUGACAAUAUUGGAAUGAACGCCAUGGCCAACAGAGAUAAUGCAAAUGUCAAACAGAUCCAGUGGGAAAUAGAGCGUGACAAGUGGCUUCACAAUAGGGAUGUGAAAAGCAUCAUCAAAAAGAAGAAACAGUUCAGGCACAGAGGGCUGAAAAACAAGUACAAAGGCAAGAAAUCAAAAAGAUGAACUGGACAUUUUAAUGUGGACAUUUUUACAAUAAUUAUUCUAAAAUAAUUUUUUAAUUAAUCACACAUCUUUCUUACUUUAGUU